AUGGAUCUUCGCGUCGACAUCGUCGAGACGAGGCUCUGCCUGGACCAUCGUAGGCGGCCACCAGGUAAGUUUCCCCUCAGGUAAGUGCGCUUGCUUUGUUUCUUCCUUUGUUUGUUGAUGUUCCGCGUCGUACGCUGCGCUUGCUGCCUGCCCUUUAUAUGCUAGUCUGUCUGUCAAUAGCUAAAAGACACCCACGAUGCCUGCUGCAAUUGCCUGUCCGUCAGUCUAUGCCACUCUCUACUAAUAGCUAGGUGUUACGGUGCUUGAGUUUGUGUGGUGCCCUCACUUUGUCUCUGACUGAUGACUGUGUCCGCUUGUCCACUCUAGUUCUAAGUCCCAUAGCGUUAGUUAGUGUGUAUGCUCUCUCCUACUUCACUCCAUCACAUCAUCACCUCACCACCAAGGUCCCAGGCUAAUUCGGGUCGUUCUCUCACUAACAAAAAGUCGUGGCCCAUAGUGGAGUCCGGCAGCCGUCUGGGAUAACCGGGCAGCCCUGUUCAGGGAUGCGUUGCCUGCCCCCGCGAGGGGGAGGGGGCUAGAAAAGGUGCCCUAAAGAUCGCUGGGAACCACGCUGUCUGUAGGCUGGCCGUGGCCGCAGACAAAAAACACACGGUCGAAACAGCCAAAACCGAUACAACAACAACAACCGCUCUCUUCCUCUUCCAGCCUAUUCUUCUUCUUCUCCUACUCCUACUUUUCGCCGCCGCAGUCGCCAGACUGGCAGGGUGAGCCCGCUCACUCUGGCAGCCUGGAAUGUUCGUUCCCUUUUAGACAAUCCGAGGAGCAACCGACCGGAACGGAGGACGGCGCUAGUGGCACGAGAACUGGCGCGCUACAAGGUGGACAUCGCCGCACUCAGCGAGACCCGAUUCUCCGAACAAGGCCAACUGGAGGAGGUGGGUGCCGGCUAUACCUUCUUCUGGAGUGGUUGA